CGCGCGCUCAGAGGGAUCCCGGCCGCUGCCCGCGCCGCUGUCUCCCGCUGCCAGGCCAAGCCUGGUCCGCUGCCCGGUCCCCGAUCCAGGCUUCACGAAUCGCUCUUGGCGCGCUCUCCAUGCGCCCCGGGCUCUGAACCUCGGACGUGCACCUGGGAGCGCGGCCGGAGGUCCAGGCCCGGAGGAGACAUGGGGAAAUUUCAGUCCAAGCACGCCGCAGCAGCUUGCAAGCGGAGAGAGAGCCCCGAAGGGGACAGUUUCGUGGUGUCUGCGUAUGCGAGCGGCCGCAAAGGCACGGAAGACACCGAACGGCGCGCGGGCGGCGGUGUGGAACAUCGCGCACGGGACAAGCAGGAGCUGCCCAAUGGGGACCCUAAGGAGGGGCCUUUCUGGGAGGACAAGGGCUCCCUAGAAGUUGUGCUGCCCCCUGAGAAGUCUGAGGGCCAUGAGAGUCAGGGACAGCCCUUCAGCAUGGACGAUGGGGAGAAGGCAGCAAGCCAUGAGGGCCCAGUGAGAGUCAGCAAGAAGAACUUGAACAUUGAUGCCCUCCAGUGUGAUGUCUCAGUGGAAGACGACAACCGCCAAGAGUGGACAUUCACUCUGUAUGACUUUGACAACAGUGGUAAAGUCACCAGAGAGGACAUGUCCAGCCUGAUGCACACCAUCUAUGAGGUUGUUGACGCCUCUGUCAAUCACUCCUCGGGCAGCAGCAAGACCCUCCGAGUGAAGCUAACUGUCAGCCCUGAGCCCUCCAGCAAGAAGAAGGAAUGUCCCCCCACCGGCCAAGACCGGGAGCCCAGCCGUGGCAGAACAGAGAAUGAGCUCACGGAGGAUCCCAGAGUGGCUGACCGAAGGCUGUCUGCCUACAGCAGGAAACCCAAUGCUGAUUCCCAGCCCUGCCCUGUGCGAGUACCCUACUGUGUGGACGAGAACACAGAGCGUAGAAACCACUACCUAGACCUCGCUGGCAUUGAGAACUACACAUCUAAGUUUGGUCCUGGGUCACCACCUGAGCAGGCCAGGCAAGAACAUCAUGGCAGGGCCACACACAUUCCAAGCAGGUCCCGAUCACAGGAGUCGGAUGCCCACGCUAUACACCACCGCAGGUCCCAGGUCCUGGCUGACCAUGUUGUACCAACUAACGAGCCUGCUAUCCGGACCCUGGCUCCGCAGCCCCGGCUCAAGGGGCAGGAGAAGCAGUUCCUCAGGUCUCCCAAGGGUCCAGGAAAACCUCUUGGAACACCAGGUAGCAGCAAGCCAGGGAAAACGCUCAGCUAUUGCCUGCAGGCUGUCCCACUGCCCCAGGGUGCUCAGGAUGGCCACCACCUCCCACAGCCCCCACCACAGCCCCCGCCACAGCCCUAUGGUCACAAGCGCUACCGGCAGAAGGGCAGAGAAGGCCACUCACCACUCAAGGGACAUGGUCAGCCUACCAUGGUGGAGCAUGAAGUGGUACGGGACCUGCCUCCCAUGCUGGGGCCUGAGGGCUACGUGGUGCCAAUGAUCCAGAGGCACGAACACCACCAUCACCACGAACACCACCACCACCAUCACCACCACCACUUCCACCCAUCCUAGCACCCAAACAAGUACCCUGCCCACAUGCCCUCAGGGAUACAGAGCAGGUGCUGGCACAUGCCUGGUAGAGUACAGCAUUCCCUGCCCCCAAUACCCAG